UCAUUGAGAGGUUGGCAGGAUCGGGGAGAGAAAGAGCCGCGCAGCCGUCGGGAUGUGGUACGAGAUCUUGCCUGGCUUGGGCCUCAUGUACAUGUGCUUGGUCAUCCCUCUAUGCAUCCCUGGCGUGAGUACUGCCUACAUCCACAGAUACACCAAAGGGGGCAAGGAGAAGAGAAUUGCUCGGAACACCUAUCAGUGGUACCUGUUGGAGAGAGACAGGUGUGUGUCUGGAGUAAAUCGCUACUAUGACUCCAAGGGUUUGGAGAACAUGAAGUAAAACCAUGGUGCAAUGAAAGCAACUUAAUAAACAUGUAUUUGAUAAAGUGUGGAGCAUAUUGAUCAUAAUCUCAAGAGAGGACAGUAAGAUUCUAAUACUGUACCAAUAAAAUUGCAAUAAAGAAAUAAAAUA